AUGCCUAUCACCACCAAUAUCGACGGCUCGGAAGAUGUUAACGACUUCCUAUUACGCAUUCGCGACCUUUCGCGAAGGCGGGACACAGAAGAUGAAGAGCGGACAAGAAAGCUGGAGGAGGAAAUUAAACAAGGGCGCAAGGAGAGGCAGAUUAGGAGAGCAGAGCGCGCAAGGUCAAUCUCGCCCACCAAAGACACAUCUUCCAACGCGGGUACUCCAAGCUCCAUACGCUCUGGAAACGAGAUGUCGAGCCAAGAAGACUUCUCCAACACCCCAUCCUUCCAACCGCCACUAUCUGGUCCCUCUGGCCCGGACCAUAUUUCUCGUAAGACAAAUGGCGCCCCUACCAAUGUCAACGACCUAGGAUCUGAUAAUUUGCCUCGAGAGCUUCCGCAGCCACCUUUAAAAUCUCAAAUAAUCUCCACCCCCUCUCCGAGUGUGGCAAUGGCUCUUUCACGCGCGGGCACCCUCUCAUGGCAGCAACGGCCUUCAUCACGCGGAUCAACGGGCUCAAGCAGCCGCCCUUUGUCCAUGGUAGCUUCAGAAAGAAACGCCUCAAACUCUUCGCGUGCAGCUGCAGAUCCUGCCCCUACGAAUGAUGAUAGCAUGUCCAGCAGCCAGAUCUCGCAAUCUCUAGGGUCAAAAGACCCCACUUGGUUCAAGCAGACGCACGAUCGAGGAUUUGGAUCUGCAGCAUUCAGGAGGAACCAGGACGAUCUAUCAGACACAGCAUCGAUGAUGGGCAGUAAGCGGUUGCCAGGGGAGUCAGGAGAGAGCACAGCCGAAUCUGAAGACCGCACGAGUCCGGCCCCUGACGGUGUUCGCUCUGCAUCGCCACCAAGAGAGGGUUCAAUCCGUGGCAUUCCAGGACUGGUCCACAAAUCCUCAAAUUCUGCAUCGCUAGCAUCCGCUGGAGGCAUCCGAUCUCCUCUACCGACUAUGAGUAGCCAGAGAUUUGAUCCCCCAUCCGACACAAAUUCAUCUAUGGUUGAGAAUUCGUCCAUCGCGCGGACGAUGGCAAUGUCGCCUUCCCAAGGACGUCUUUCUCCAGAGCAUUUGGACCGACCUGCGUCGCCUACUAAAGGUCUUGGAGGAUUUGUCCAAAGCGCAAUGCUGAAGCGCUCAGAUAGCGUCAGUAAAAGGUGGAGCGCACAGGCAGGUCCGGGUCUAAGUAGGGGAAGCUCUAUCACAAGUAACCGCAAAGGCUAUGAAGAUACAAGGUACCCAAUGGGAGGAAUCCCUCCACUCAAGGAAUCAAGACCAAAUAGUAUGAGUCGCGAGAACUCCACAGAAACGACGUCCAGGCCUGGAUCAAGUCACAGUAUUGCUACUUUAACUCAAGCACAGAUCGAGGCUGAGCGGAUAAACAUUUCUGCACCUUUGGCUUACUUUAAAUCCGACUCAUUCCAGGACGAAGUCUCCAAACCAGCACCUAUAGAUACUAAGUCGCCUCCACCGUCAAAACAGGAUGACAAUGAACCAAUGAUGAGUCCACCCGCAAGCCCAAGCAAGAAGUGGAGUCCUACCAAAGCAAGCUGGUUGGAGAAUGCCAUUAACAAACCCGACUUUCCUAAGGCCAGAACGCCUGCACCUCAGCAGCCGGCAUGGAUGGCAGAGAUCAAUCGAGCAAAACAGCAGCGCGGAAGCCAUGAUAUGUCAAAGGGGGGAAACUUCAAGGAGGUAGCCACUGGUGGACUAAUACGCUCCCCUCCGCCAGGCACGGGCUAUAAGCCACCGGGCAUAGGUGGGCUCCCAAGUGGCUUCAGUGCAGGCGUGGCAGUGAGGCCCCGGACUGGUAGUCCAGAUAGAGUCAGCCAACAAGAUGAGUCGCCGAAGACUACAAAUCACAAUGACGGUCCUCGAGAAUCUUCUUCAUCUCGUACACUGCCACCAAAGGAGGUACGAACAAAGGGCUUUUCAUUCGAUAUAUCACCAGCCGACGAGGAAUCUGCAGACUCACCUUCAGCGAAGAAGUACAGCUCUCAGCUAAGCUCUCGUACGCAGUCGCCUACGGCGGCGAAAUUAAAGCCAGAAGCGCCUCCGAAGAUCGAUUUCAAGUCUACUCUCAAAUCGCGGCAAGCCUCUGGAGAAGCAAAUAGUAAGGAUGAGUCUGAAUUCAAGAACGUGUUUGGAAAUCUCAAGCGAACACAUACGCAGAAUUACAAAGCUCCUGACGAACUCAAAGAUAAUAUAUUGCGUGGUAAAGCCGGCCUUGCUCUGACUGGAGGCCCCAAAAGGACCGAGCGUAAGGAUGAGUUUAAGGAAAGCAUAUUGAAAAAGAAAGAGGGAAUGGUAGUCCCCUCGGCCUCUACAAGGAUAACAAGCGGGAGUCCCAGACUCCAGGAGCAUAACGUACCCGAGGCGAUUGCCAAGAGGCAAGGCCUCACAAGAUCUGAGAGCCUUCUCAGCAACGUUGGCGUGGAGGGAGCGGGCGAACCGACUAAAGCUGAAGCACUGGCCAGAAUACAGCGCUUGCGAGAUAAGCCAAAACCGGCGCUUCCAGACAAACCGCCUCACGCCGCAGCAAACGCGGAGAAAGACUCGACACCCAGAGGUACCCUGGGAGGAUUCACUUCUUCGCUUGCUGGUAUGCUUCAAAGAGGCUCAUCACCAUUGGCCAACAGCGGCAAGCCGAACAUAGCACAGUCGUCGGAUGAUAUACAGGAUUCGAAUUCCAUAGUGAGGCUGAAUAAUCAAGAGGCAGCUUCAGUAGGACCAUCGUUAACGCACGCAACCAAAGCCAGAGCACGUGGGCCGAAAAGGCGAUUACCUACUGCGAGGAUGCAGGAUGCCGCAAAAGAUACGCCGCUGUCUCGAGCUGAGCCCCAGUCGAAGUUAUUGGUGGCUGCGAACAGACCUCUUGGACCUAUACACGUCACGAAAUCCCAGACCCUUCCUGCCGGCGUCUACAAACCUGAGUCGCGACCUCUUUCCAAUAUUACACAUAAUAAUAACAACAACCGCAAGACCUCUCUGCCCCCUUCCCCACGGAAACCAUCGGCAAGUAUAAAUCAGUCGUUCAAUGUCAGAACUUCGCCCCCGGUCUCGCCAGGCCCAGGGAAAGCAUUGCAGAACAAGCCUCCCGCGGUCGUUAAGGAAAAGCUAAACCUGAGUCCGAAAGAUACGAAGAUACCUAUCUCUUUCCUUGCUACACCUGGGCCUCCCCCUGACACUCCGCUAAAGCGACUAGCCACCCAGGAGCCAAUCAAUGUUCCUAUUGGAUCAGUCAGGGAUCAGGAAAGGCGCGAACCCGAGCCUCAGGAGCUUGAUAAACCAACACCAUCAGUCAAAGGUGCAGCAGCUGUUUGGGGACGAUCGCCUAUGCAGCCAUUCCAACCUAGAUCGCCAGUCAAAUUACCCACCCGAAAACACGAAGAAGCUGGUCAGGAAGAGGCGGGUCCUAGACCAAAGGGCCCUGGUAUAGGUCCUGUUGGAUUGGGUAUCGAGACCACCGUUUAUGGGCCAAAGUCAUCGUUGGACCGCAAUCUACCGUCGCCGGCCACCCCAUCGCCCAAAUCUCCCCCAUUACCAGGAAAGAAACCCGCUUCAAUUGCGAAUAGGGUUGUGUCCACCGAUCUACCUUCUCCAGCUACCAUCGCUCUACCAUCUCCAGCCACUAAUCGGCCGACUAUACCAUCCCAAAAUCAUCCCCCAGGGGUAUCCGCCCUCUUGGCCGAAGUAUUUGACGAAUAUCCAAGCUCCAAACUCAGCAUAAGCAUCGAUACGCAAGCAAUUCUUGUCUCGCGCUCCUCCAAUGACAACUCACUGAAAAUCAAAACGCUCCGCAAACAAGUCUUUGAGAUCACCGAUAAUGGUAGAUCUGUUCCUGUGCCUUCUCAUCAAGAACACAUUCUCUUCGAGGAUCGUUUGUACCUCUGCACCCAUGUUUUCGGCGCCCUCGCUGGGACACGUACCACAGAAGUAUACCUCUGGUGUGGCGACGGUGUCCCGUCCUCCUCAAUAGAAGAUGCCCAGCUGUUCGCUAAGAAGGUUGCGAAAGACAACAAUGGCAAGCUCAUCAUCCUCAAGCAGGGCAAGGAAACGACCAACUUCUUUCAAGCACUUGGAGGGAUCGUCAUUACGCGCCGUGGAUCGGGUAGUCGCCCGGAGUCUUCGUCGGGCACAGCGGCCACGUAUCUUCUUUGUGGACGGCAGCAUGUUGGACAAAUUGCGUUUGACGAAGUAGACUUUAGCCCACGGAGCCUGUGCAAAGGAUUCCCAUACAUCGUCUCAGCUCGCUCUGGGAAAAUAUAUCUAUGGAAGGGCGGUGGGUCUGGCGCGGACGAGCUAGGCUGUGCAAGGCUGAUAGGGAUGGAUUUGGGUUUAGGUGGCGAGAUUGAGGAAAUAGAUGAGGGUCAUGAACCUGACGCUUUCUGGCAAUCUUUUCCGGGAGGAAAGCGAUGUGCUAGCACCGCCGAAGGAGCAAGCGCAGGGCAUUGGCAUCUAAAGCCAUCUUGCGAGAAGUACACAACGAGGCUAUAUAGGAUCGAUGUUGAGGCACCCCGCCCAAAAUCAAGCUCAGGAUUCAUGCAAUGGGGUAGGAGAGGUAGUGCGCCUGCAGACACGAAUGUCGCCAUAACGGCCCAGAUCCGGGAGAUCAUACCCUUUGCGCAAUUGGAUAUCGUGGAUGAUGGAGUUUUUGUGCUUGAUAUUUUCUUCGAGAUCUUUGUCAUCCGCUCCCUCGCACCAGCACCCCAGCAUAAAUCCACAGAAUCCGCAGCGUUUCGCGCGGCUUUAGUCUUUGCCCAAGAAUACAGCAUUCUUGCUGCUUCGGCGGAAGAUAGGCCGUUCGUACCGGUAAGCUCGGUUGUCAUUUGCUCGAGGGGUGGAUCUCCGAAUGUGAAAGAGGUGGAAGAUAUACCAGAAGGCAUGAGGCGAGCGUUCAGGAAAUGGGAUGAUGGCAAGGGAUUGGGUGAGUGUAGGGUCCUGCCACUGACUGCAGCUUUGGAAGCUACGGGGUGA